AUGGGCAGCCCGGGCUGCGAGGUGGCUCUCUCCGGGCCCGCCGAGCCCGCCUCAGAGACCCCCUGCUCGGAGUGCGGCCAGGUGCACCGCAGCCGUGAGAACCACCUGUACAACUACCGGCUGGAGGUGGACGAUGAUCUGGUGUGCCACAUCUGCCUGCAACCGCUGGUGCAGCCACUGGACACGCCGUGUGGGCACACCUUCUGCGCCCGUUGCCUACGCAGCUUCUUGCAGGAGAGAGACUUCUGUCCACUGGACCGGACGCGGCUACAGAUGCCGGCGUGCCGCAGGUCCAGCAUCCUGGUGCACAAGCUGCUGGACAAGCUGUCAGUCACGUGCCCACUGGCGCCGCUAUGCUCGUUGAGCAUGCCCAGAUGUGAUCUGGAAGCGCAUCUUAAACACAGGUGUCCAGGAACACGAUGUCAGCAGACCAGCGUGGAUGGUCCACGCAAGGAGAGCGGUGAUGACCGACCGGCGGUGAAAAGUCCUCCGCAAUCCCCACUCUCACCACAGACAGACCUGGGCAAUAGCAGUCCUUCGCCGCCGCUCGGACUCAAUGGCGUUUGUGACAACCCGCCGACGAGGACCAAUGAGGCAGGCCUGGACAACCCUGCAUUCGAGGAGAGCACUGAGGAAGAUAGUGUGGUGGGGAUGGAGUGCAUCAUCCCCAGGGUGAAACGGCCCCUCAGUAACCCUUGCAUCCACCUUCUCCGCUCGGUCAGCUCCACUUCCUCUGGCUGGGAUUGCCCCGAAUCCCCGCCUCUUUCUGCAGAAGAAGGCUGCGUCAAGCUGCCAUCGCUUCCGGAAGGUGAGAUAACAGCAGUGGAGGUACACCGGGCAAACCCGUACGUGGAGUUGGGCAUCAGCAUCGUCGGUGGGAAUGAGACACCCCUUAUAAACAUCGUCAUCCAGGAAGUGUACCGGGACGGUGUGAUCGCACGGGACGGGAGGCUGCUAGCAGGGGACCAGAUACUCCAGGUGAACAACGUGGACAUCAGCAACGUGCCUCACAGUUUUGCACGCUUGACACUAGCGCGACCGUGCACCACUUUACAGCUUACGGUGCUCCGUGAGCGCCGCUGCGCAUCCCGGGCACCGCCCUCCGCCACACCGGCCAUCCCCAAGGCCCCCUGCUCCACCCCUGAGGGCAACCCGCCCAGUCCCGUGUCACUAAGGAUCACCUUGCACAAGCGCGAUUCGGCAGAACAGUUAGGCAUCAAACUGGUGCGACGGACUGACGAAUCCGGGGUCUUCGUGCUGGACCUGCUUGAUGGGGGGCUAGCGGCUAAAGAUGGACGGUUGCGAGGCAAUGACCGCGUUUUAGCCGUCAACGAGCAAGACCUACGUCACGGUACCCCCGAGCAGGCUGCUCAGAUCAUCCAGGCAAGUGGCGAACGAGUCCACCUGGUGAUUGGCCGACCCAACAAACAGACUCCGCCGCCCCCGCCGCCAAAAUCCAGUUCCACCAGAGAUCUCUACUGCCUUGAUCACUUCCUGCCUAACCACAGCACCAGCCCCAGCCCGGUGCCCUUACACUUGCCCCGCACUAGCACGCACCGGGACCUGUCUCAGUGCGUCACAUGCAAGGAGAAACACAUCACUGUGAAGAAGGAACCUCACGAGUCUCUGGGCAUGACGGUAGCGGGCGGGCGGGGAAGCAAGAGCGGAGAGCUGCCCAUUUUCGUGACCAGCGUCCAACCGCAUGGCUGCUUGUCCAGAGAUGGUCGAAUCAAACGAGGUGACGUCCUCCUGAGCAUCAACGGGCAGGACCUGACGUACCUUAGCCACAGCGAGGCCGUUGGCACUCUGAAGGCUAGCGCUGCCUCAGCUUCGGUACAGCUACGAGUGUUGGAAGUGAGCAUGACGGAGGAACGUGAACGUGACCGGCUUCUGCAUCACGCUCAUGAUAGUGACUUUGACGCUAACUGGUCUCCCUCCUGGGUCAUGUGGCUCGGACUCCCUAGUUACUUGCACAGCAGUCACGAGAUUGUACUAAGGAGGAGCCAUCCCGGCAGCUGGGGCUUCAGUAUCGUGGGGGGCUACGAGGAGAACCAUGGCAACCAAGCCUUCUUCAUCAAGACCAUCGUCCUCGGAACGCCAGCCUACUAUGAUGGCCGUCUCAAGUGCGGCGACAUGAUCGUGGCAGUCAACGGCUUGUCAACAGCGGGAAUGAGCCACUCUGCACUAGUCCCCAUGCUAAAGGAGCAACGUAGCCGGGUCGCGUUGACAGUCAUCUCCUGGCCCGGCAGCCUGAUUUAG